CUCGUCUGUUUAUCAAUCGAAAUCUCUCGAACACGUUCAGCCCUAAAACAUUACAACAACCGAGGUGCUUACCAUGCUAAACCGUCAAACCUGUUUUUCGAAUACACGCUGCAGUACAGCCCAUGUAUGUACAUGGUGGCGGACGAUGUAGCGCAAAUGACUACAACCAUCCUAGAAACACGUUGUGGUUUUUACGUUGCCUAUUUACCAACACCUCGAUUCAAGCCCACCUCCCGCAUAUACGGCAUCUCAACGACUGAAAAUGCCGCGCUAAAUCAUACCGUAGCCCCACCAUUGAAACAACACAGUUGCUUGUCACUCACGGCUACCUCGGUAGAUAGAGCAGGCUCACUCUGUAGUAAUUAUUAG